AUGGAGAAAUAUAACAUAACAUCUGCUUCCUCUACUUUCUGUGCUCAUCACAAUUAUUCUCAUUCUGAAGCGAUCCAGAUGAAUAACCUGCAUACUCUAGAGAAGAAGGAGGUGUUUGAAAUGGACGGUGGAGAUGAUGAUGAUGUUAAAGGGAGUAGUAUUGGAGUUAGUGGGGGGAAGAAGAAGAAGGGAGAGAAGAAGGUUAGAAGGCCACGGUUCGCUUUCCAGACGAGGAGUCAAGUUGACAUACUUGAUGAUGGCUAUCGUUGGAGGAAGUAUGGCCAGAAAGCUGUCAAGAACAAUAACUUUCCUAGAAGCUAUUAUCGGUGCACGCAUCAAGGGUGCAGUGUCAAGAAACAAGUUCAGAGGCUAUCCAAAGAUGAUGAGGUUGUGGUCACAACAUAUGAAGGGGUUCAUACUCAUCCUAUAGAGAGAAACAAUGAUAACUUUGAACAAAUUUUGAAUCAAAUGCAGAUCUACACUAGAUUUUACUAGACUGGCAUUCCAAUGCCCCAAUAUCUACAAAAUUGGAGUCCACUCUUUAAGCCAACUCCUUUUUUUGUCAUAAUAAUUCCUAUAUUUCUUUGUUUGUAAAGGCAGGACUCCUGAAUCUUGUACUACUAGCACUUUUCAUUAUGAGUGAAGCAUUUGUAACUGUUGAUUAUAGAUGAUAAAUAUCAUAGAUUGGUAAAUUUACAAA